UCUGACUUGCCCUCUCCCGCCACAGCAUCCCAGACAAGGUGCGGAUCCUCAGCUGCAUGGCCGGCAUCCUCCUGCUCUUCAUCCUCACCACUGUGCUGGUCAAGAUAGAAAUGCCUCCCCACUGCUUCUUCUCCAUCACCAUGGGCUCAGUGUGGUUCAUUAGCUCGUUCUGCGCCAUCCUGCAAGGCACCCUGUUCGGGCAACUGGGCACCCUGCCCCAGAGCUACAGCACCCUCUUCCUGAGUGGCCAAGGCAUGGCCGGGACCUUCGCCGCCAGUGCCAUGCUGCUGUCCAUGGCUAGUGGCGCAAAUGCCCAGACGUCUGCCCUGAGCUACUUCAUCACCCCCUGUGCUGGGACCCUCAUCUCCAUUGUCUGCUACCUGAUGCUGCCCCGAAUGGCCUUCUUCCAGCACUACCUGGAGUGGAGUUGCCAGCGUGACCCAUGCAAUGAGUUGGAGACCAAGGCUGGGCUUCUGAGCUCUGAGGAGCAGAAUGGGGACCAGUUGGAGGGGCCACAGGGCCCAGAGAAGCCAAUUCUAGAAAUGGCCAAUGGGACAGUCAAGACGUUGGAAAUCGAUCAGGAGUGCUCCGGGAAGGGAGCCUCUGCUCUGCACAGUGGGAGAGCCACCAGUGCCCCGAAGGGGGGACCAGGACCUGAGAGACCAUCAGUGUUCAGUGUGCUCCAAAAGAUCUGGCUUCUGGCAUUCUGCAUUGUCAUGGUUUUCACUGUCACCCUGUCUGUGUUCCCUGCCAUCACUGCCACCGUCACCAGCACCUCGGAGAGCAGGCAAUGGCGUGAGUUCUUCACCCCUGUCUGCUGCUUCCUGUUGUUCAACGUGAUGGAUUGGCUGGGCCGCAGCGCCACCUCCUACUGCCUUUGGCCAGAGAAGAGGCUGUGGCUGCUGCCCUUGCUGGUGGGCCUGCGCUUCCUGUUUGUGCCCCUGCUGAUGCUGUGCCAGGCCGAGCCCCGCACCCACCUGCCCGUGCUCUUCCGCCAGGACGCCUGGUUCAUCAUCUUCAUGCUGCUCUUCUCCCUCUCCAAUGGCUACUUCGUCUCGCUCACCAUGUGCCUCGCCCCCAAGCAGGGCUUGCCAAAGGAGAGUGAGCUGGCUGGAGCCAUCAUGACCUUCUUCCUGGCAGUAGGGUUGUCGUGCGGGGCAGGGCUCUCCUUUCUCCUCAAGGCCCUGCUGUAAGGACCCCUCAGAUCCAUCCCCUCCUCUUCCUGCGACAUCCACCAUCUCCAGGGGCACGGCUGAGUGCACCCCAUCAAACUGGAGUGCUUGGAAUAGGGUGGUGAAUUGGGGGGGACCUCAGCAAAGGAUUGGUGGGAUGCGGAGCUCUGCAUAGGAGAGGGAUUGGUACCUCCCACCGCCCCUGACUUCCCCUUUUCUUUCAAUGGGCAUCAUCUCAGCUUGGUGGGUGUAAAGAUUAGUGCCUUGCGGCUGCUCCCCACCCCGCUGCAAGGCAGAUACCCCACCAGGACUCAUCCCUCCAGCCCUUUCUGCUCCACCACUCUAUAAGAAUUGCAGCAACAGGAAUGUCUAUAGACUGGGUGGGGAGGGAGAAGAAAGAGUUGAUGUAAAGGGUGCUGACCAACUGAUUGUAAGUUCUUUUGGGUCAGCUCUAUCAUGUCUGUUCCGUACAGUGCCUGGUGUGCUUUAGGUUAGGGGUUUUCACACUCUUGUACUGGUGAUCCCUUUUACACUACGAGCCCCUGUGCGAGACCCCCCCACACACAUUAAAAUACUUUAAAAAUGUAUUUAACACUAUUAUAAAUGCUGGAGGUGACGUGAGGUUUGGGGGGUGGAGGCUGAGAGCUUGCAACUCCCCCACAAAAUAACCUCACAACCCCCACUUGGAGAGCGCAACAGUAGUUGGAGCAAGCUCUGCCAGGACUCUUGGGGUCUAGGCUGGGCUUGGGAAGGGGCUGAGAACCAGUCACAUGAUUCAGUAACUCCGUUUCCCUAUGGACCUAGUCAGCAUUUGUACAGCACUUUGGAGUCCCGUGCCGGAAGGUGCUGAAGGACAGUAAUCUCAGGGCCUGGAUAAGGGGCUUCCUUCCCUCAAGCCUGGCUGGCCCAAGUCCCUAUGAGCUGGCAGCCAGCUCUCCAUUGGCAUCCCUAGGGCUGGCACAUCCCCUCCCACCAGCACCCUGGGGCACUGCCUGCUGCAGCGCACAAAAAAGGGAAGAAAUCUCUUUUGUUGUUAACUCUCUAGUGCAUAAAGGGUUAAUUUCUCCACUAGAACCUCUGCCCCUUUGUUUCCCUCCCCAAGUUCUUCUCUCCACUGUAGGACUUUAUCCUGUUUAGAUCCACCCCUUUCUGCGUACAAACCUUGGACCUCUGAGUCAAGAGUGAUUUCUCCUAAAAGUCAUCAGUAGGCCUCCCCAGCUGCUAGCAAAAUGCCACCAGGAACUCCAGGAUGGCCCCAAAGGCAGGUCUGGCGACUCAGCAGACCUGGGUUUAGUUCCCUGCUGUGCCCUGGAUUCCCUCUGUGACCUUGAGCAUGUCCCUUAGCCUCUCUGUGCCUCAAUGUUCCCAUCUCUACAAUGGAGAAUUAGCACUGCCCUGCUCUGCACAGGGCACCAGGACGUAUGCAGUUCAUUUUGUGGACCUCUUAAAUACCCUCUUGGUGGGUGCUCUAGAAAUCCCCAUGAAAACAAAGCAUUUUCCCUUUAGUUUUAUCAUCUGAGUGGGGCUGGGGUGACUGGUUUAUUUAAUUCCAUUGGCUGCUUUGGUCUCUCUUAAAUGAGUUUUGUUUAUUUUUUCAAUAAAAGUGAUGUGGGUUUUCUACAA